AUGUCAGAACAAGGAAAUCCUCGUGGUAUUCUAAAAAAGAAUCCUUCAGUAAAUAAAUCUUGUAAAACUCAAACUUUUGAUGAAAUGAAUGUUUUGGCGACUCUCCACCCAAUCGACAAGGACUACGGACAUAUGAAAAUAGACGAACCAAAGACUCCCUUCGAACCAAGCACAGUCCCGACCUCAGAAGAACAACCCGACUUUGCAGGCGCAGUGUGGGAGACUGUAACCUCCCCUGUUUGUAGUCAGGAGAGUGCAGUCAAACUUGAGGAACCAAAACGGACAUUGUCGGAAUUUGAACGUAAAAGGAGAGAUCAUUAUGAUGAGUUUAUUGUUGCCAAUAAAGGCAAAAAAAAUAAUUAA